UGGGCUGUGGUGUUAGAGGACCAGGGAGCGGGUGGGCAGGCACAGACCUGCGCUGGAGACCUCCACAGGCCCCGUAAUUUCUCACAGAGGACCCCACACCCCAUGGGGGAUGGCUGUCAGCCUGAAGGCAAGGUGGCUGGCUGGCGUAGAGACAGUCACUUCCUCCCCAAGAGGCAUGUGGAAGCUGACCCAUGCGAGGUGGGCGGCAGGGGUUGGGAUGAGGCCCAUCGGAGUCCCUGGCCUGUGACAUUACGACGGUCUGUGGAGCAUCCCCGCGAGGGUGGUGGGGCGAGGUCCCUCCAAGCUGCCCCCUUCCCUACCCCUCGCCUCCCCCAUCUCAGGAGGCCUGGGCUGCGCCAAGGCCACUCCCAUCCGCCCUCCCCCCUCUCCUGGAGUCUCCCACCAGCACCAGCCACUCUUCUUGCAGGCCGUGGUUUGGAGACCGCAGCACUGGAUCCUUCCGCUCGCUCGGGGCUGGGUGUGGGAAGGGCAGAGGAGAUGUUGGAAGCUUGGUGCUAGGGAGGUGGCCUUAUUGCCCAAAGGCCCCGGGCAGAUCUUUCCUCCUCUGUCCCCCUUCCCCAAGAUGACAUAUAACUUUUUCCUCUGCCUGACACCCUCUGACUAGAUCAGACUCUGAGACCUCCCACCACCCCCUUCAGAAACACACAGACCCUGGCUUGGGUAGGGGGGUACCGGGGGCACAGGGGAUGAGGGUGGAGGCCAGGUGUGGUGGACAGAAUUGGGUCAACCCUAAGGGCAUUGGGGACAGGGGGUGGCAGGGCCUCAGAGCCUGAGCCAGGACCCAAAAGUGGCCUGGUUCCGGCCCAUCUGUGCCUGACUCCCCUGCUCCUCCAGGAAGGGGUGCUCCUGGCUGCUUUGUGCCCAGGGAACCUGGGGCCAAGAUGUCCCUGGUGCUGGAAGGGAGGCUGAGCAUCUCCCACCUGACAGCCAGGGAAUUUGGGGGGUGGGGCGGGGCCCCCCACCUUUCUGACAUCAGCGCUGCCUUGGUCCCUCCUCCCGAGCCGGGGAUGGUCGCAGUCUUCGUGUGCCCGGGGACCCUGCAGAAGGUGCUGGAACCCACCUCGACACACGAGUCGGAGCACCAGUCGGGCGCAUGGUGCAAGGACCCGCUGCAGGCGGGUGACCGCAUCUACGUCAUGCCCUGGAUCCCCUACCGCACGGACACACUCACCGAGUAUGCCUCCUGGGAGGACUACGUAGCUGCGCGCCACACCACCACCUACCGGCUGCCCAACCGCGUGGAUGGCACAGGCUUCGUGGUCUAUGAUGGUGCCGUUUUCUACAACAAGGAGCGCACCCGCAACAUUGUCAAGUAUGACCUGCGGACACGCAUCAAGAGUGGGGAGACGGUCAUCAACACGGCAAACUACCAUGACACCUCACCCUACCGCUGGGGUGGCAAGACCGACAUCGACCUGGCAGUGGAUGAGAACGGGCUGUGGGUCAUCUAUGCCACUGAGGGCAACAAUGGGCGGCUCGUGGUGAGCCAGCUCAACCCCUACACGCUGCGCUUCGAGGGCACGUGGGAGACGGGCUAUGACAAGCGCUCGGCCUCCAACGCCUUCAUGGUGUGCGGUGUGCUCUAUGUGCUGCGCUCUGUGUACGUGGAUGAUGACAGCGAGGCCGCUGGCAACCGUGUGGACUACGCCUUCAACACCAACGCCAACCGCGAGGAGCCUGUCAGCCUGGCCUUCCCCAACCCAUACCAGUUUGUCUCCUCUGUGGACUACAACCCCCGUGACAACCAGCUCUACGUCUGGAACAACUACUUCGUGGUGCGCUACAGCUUGGAGUUCGGGCCACCAGACCCCAGUGCUGGCCCAGCUACAUCCCCGCCCCUCAGCACAACCACCACUGCCCGGCCCACACCCCUCACCAGCACCGCUUCACCUGCAGCCACCACCCCACUCCGCCGGGCGCCCCUCACUACUCACCCUGUGGGCGCCAUCAACCAACUGGGACCUGACCUGCCUCCAGCCACAGCCCCCGCCCCCAGUACCCGACGGCCUCCAGCCCCCAACCUGCAUGUGUCCCCUGAGCUCUUCUGUGAACCUCGAGAGGUGCGGCGGGUCCAGUGGCCAGCCACUCAGCAGGGCAUGCUGGUGGAAAGGCCUUGCCCAAAGGGCACUCGAGGAAUUGCCUCAUUCCAGUGUCUGCCAGCCCUGGGGCUCUGGAAUCCCCGGGGUCCUGACCUCAGCAACUGCACCUCCCCCUGGGUCAACCAGGUGGCCCAGAAGAUCAAAAGUGGAGAGAAUGCGGCCAACAUCGCCAGUGAGCUAGCCCGCCACACCCGAGGCUCCAUCUAUGCGGGGGACGUGUCCUCAUCAGUGAAGCUCAUGGAGCAGCUCCUGGACAUCCUAGAUGCCCAGCUGCAGGCCUUGCGGCCCAUUGAGCGCGAAUCAGCCGGCAAGAACUACAACAAGAUGCACAAACGAGAGCGAACUUGCAAGGACUACAUCAAGGCCGUGGUGGAGACGGUGGACAACCUCCUCCGGCCGGAGGCACUUGAGUCUUGGAAGGACAUGAACGCUACGGAGCAAGUGCACACGGCCACCAUGCUCCUGGAUGUGCUAGAGGAGGGCGCCUUCUUGCUGGCCGACAAUGUCAGGGAGCCCGCCCGCUUCCUGGCUGCCAAGCAGAAUGUGGUCCUGGAGGUUACUGUCCUGAACACAGAAGGCCAGGUGCAGGAACUGGUCUUCCCCCAGGAGUACCCCAGCGAGAACUCCAUCCAGCUGUCGGCCAACACUAUCAAGCAGAACAGCCGUAACGGGGUAGUCAAAGUCGUGUUCAUCCUCUACAACAACUUGGGCCUCUUCCUGUCCACGGAGAAUGCCACAGUGAAGCUGGCAGGCGAGGCUGGCUCGGGGAGCACUGGGGGCGCUUCCCUGGUGGUGAACUCACAGGUCAUCGCGGCAUCCAUCAACAAGGAGUCCAGCCGCGUCUUCCUCAUGGACCCUGUCAUCUUCACUGUGGCCCACUUGGAGGCCAAGAACCACUUCAAUGCCAACUGCUCCUUCUGGAACUACUCAGAGCGCUCCAUGUUGGGCUACUGGUCAACUCAGGGCUGCCGCCUGGUGGAGUCCAACAAGACCCACACCACAUGUGCCUGCAGCCACCUCACCAACUUCGCCGUGCUCAUGGCUCACCGAGAGAUCUACCAGGGCCGCAUCAAUGAGCUGCUGCUGUCCGUCAUCACCUGGGUAGGCAUUGUCAUCUCCCUGGUCUGCCUGGCUAUCUGCAUCUCCACCUUCUGCUUCCUGCGGGGGCUGCAGACUGACCGCAACACCAUCCACAAGAACCUCUGCAUCAACCUCUUCCUGGCCGAGCUGCUCUUCCUGGUCGGGAUAGACAAGACUCAGUAUGAGAUCGCCUGCCCCAUCUUCGCCGGCCUGCUGCACUACUUCUUCCUGGCUGCCUUCUCCUGGCUGUGCCUGGAGGGCGUACACCUCUACUUGCUGCUGGUGGAAGUGUUCGAGAGCGAGUACUCCCGCACCAAGUACUACUACCUGGGCGGCUACUGCUUCCCGGCCCUGGUGGUGGGCAUUGCAGCAGCCAUUGACUACCGGAGCUAUGGCACCGAGAAGGCCUGCUGGCUCCGAGUGGACAAUUACUUCAUCUGGAGUUUCAUUGGGCCUGUCUCCUUUGUCAUCGUGGUGAAUCUGGUGUUCCUCAUGGUAACCCUGCACAAGAUGAUCCGAAGCUCCUCCGUGCUCAAGCCAGACUCCAGUCGCCUUGACAACAUUAAGUCGUGGGCCCUGGGAGCCAUUGCACUGCUCUUCCUGCUCGGGCUCACCUGGGCUUUCGGCCUCCUCUUCAUCAACAAGGAGUCGGUGGUCAUGGCCUAUCUCUUCACCACCUUCAACGCCUUCCAGGGGGUCUUUAUCUUCGUCUUUCAUUGCGCCUUACAGAAAAAGGUGCACAAGGAGUAUAGCAAAUGCCUGCGUCACUCCUACUGCUGCAUCCGCUCCCCACCGGGGGGCACCCAUGGCUCCCUCAAGACCUCAGCCAUGCGGAGCAACACCCGCUACUACACAGGCACCCAGAGCCGAAUUCGGAGGAUGUGGAAUGACACAGUAAGGAAACAGACGGAGUCCUCCUUCAUGGCAGGGGAUAUCAACAGUACACCCACCCUGAACCGAGGUACCAUGGGGAACCACCUCCUGACCAACCCCGUGCUGCAGCCCCGAGGGGGCACUAGCCCCUACAACACCCUUAUCGCAGAGUCGGUGGGCUUCAACCCCUCCUCUCCCCCUGUCUUCAACUCCCCAGGAAGCUACCGGGAACCCAAGCACCCCUUGGGAGGCCGGGAAGCCUGUGGCAUGGACACCCUGCCCCUUAACGGCAACUUCAACAACAGCUACUCCUUGCGAAGUGGAGACUUCCCACCCGGGGAUGGGGCCCCUGAGCCACCGCGAGGCCGCAACCUGGCUGACGCCGCAGCCUUCGAGAAGAUGAUCAUCUCGGAGCUGGUGCACAACAACCUGAGGGGCAGCAGCAGUGGGGCUAAGGGGCCCCCGCCACCUGAGCCCCCUGUGCCAUCUGUGCCAGGGGGCAGUGGUGAGGAAGAGGCUGGUGGGCCCGGGGGUGCUGACCGGGCAGAGAUCGAACUUCUCUACAAGGCCCUGGAGGAGCCACUGCUGCUGCCCCGGGCCCAGUCGGUGCUGUACCAGAGCGACCUGGACGAGUCGGAGAGCUGCACGGCAGAGGAUGGCGCCACCAGCCGGCCCCUCUCCUCCCCUCCAGGCCGGGACUCCCUCUAUGCCAGCGGGGCCAACCUGCGGGACUCGCCCUCCUACCCGGACAGCAGCCCUGAAGGGCCCAGUGAGGCCCUGCCCCCGCCUCCACCUGCUCCUCCUGGGCCCCCCGAAAUCUACUACACCUCACGCCCACCGGCCCUGGUGGCCCGGAACCCCCUGCAGGGCUACUACCAGGUGCGGAGGCCUAGCCAUGAGGGCUACCUGGCGGCCCCAGGCCUCGAGGGGCCAGGGCCUGAUGGGGACGGGCAGAUGCAGCUGGUCACCAGUCUCUGAGGGCACUUGUGGACCAGGGGCUGGCAGCUCAGGCCAGGGAGGAGACCCUGGGCACGCCCCUCAUGGGAGAGGGAGACUGGUGGAGGUAGUGGCUGGUGGACCACUCUCUCCAGCGCCCCUUGGCCAUGGGCCCAGGGUCCCCUCAAGGGGCUCUGAUAUGGGGGCCCAAGGUGCCAGGGUUCACAGACAGGGUUUCCCACCAGCCACGUGCACCAGCUCUGUUUGGGAGAAGGCCAGCGAGGAGGAGUCUGGAGGCCGCAGGGAGUCAGGAGGGAGAGCCCAGCAGGGCGCAACCUGCUUUUUGCCUCUCCCUUUCCCCCUAUCCUGCCACCCCCAGAGGGAGCAGCAAGGGCUCUGGUCUCCCUGGGGGUGGGGCAGCUUCUGAGGUUGCCAAAGGCUUCCCUGGCUGUAGGACAGAUGAACAUGCUGUUCCCGCAUGGCAGCUCCUUGGAGACCAGGUCCUGCAGCCCGGGAGGAAGCCUGGCUGUGGCUAAGGCCACAGUCGAGGGGCUGCCUGGGCCAUGGUGAUCUCGAGGUGGAACUUUCUCUGAAGCUCCUGCCCCCUUGCUGUUGUCCCACCUCCCCCGGCAAGCCUGCCUCACCCCCCAGAGUGCACCCAAUGACCCUUCCUGGGGUGACUCCUGACGAAGCACAACUCCCCAUGCUGGCCCGGCCCACAGUGGCUCCAGGUCUGUGGGGUCUGUGGGCUUGGCGCUCUGGGGAGCAGAUCUCGGGUCUGGAUCUCCCUGGGGAGUGGGUCCUGGGCUUGGAUCUUUCCCUAGGGGGCCCUCUCACCCCUUACUCUCUCCUCCCCCUUUGCUGUAAAUAUUUCAACAAAAUGGAAAAACAAAAA